AUGGAAGAUAGAGCUAAUUCUCAUUCCUUGCAGCUGGCGAGCAGGAUAACUCAGACAACAACACCAUCUUUGUUCAGGGACUUGGUGAAAAUGUAACCAUUGAGUCGGUAGCAGAUUACUUCAAGCAGAUUGGCAUCAUAAAGACAAACAAGAAAACAGGACAGCCUAUGAUCAACCUGUACACCGAUCGCGAGACAGGAAAACUGAAAGGAGAGGCGACUGUUUCCUUUGACGAUCCCCCCUCUGCAAAGGCUGCCAUUGACUGGUUUGAUGGAAAAGAAUUCUCAGGCAACCCUAUCAAAGUAUCAUUUGCUACCCGGAGGGCAGACUUCAACAGAGGCGGUGGUGGUGGCAAUGGCCGUGGAGGAAGAGGCCGUGGCGGUAGAGGAGGACCCAUGGGCCGUGGUGGAUUUGGUGGCGGCGGAGGUGGCGGCAGCAGCAGUGGUUCCAGCGGGGGCAGCAGGGGGGGCUUCCCCAGCGGAGGAGGUGGUCAGCAACGUGCAGGAGACUGGAAAUGCCCCAACCCGACAUGUGAAAAUAUGAACUUCUCAUGGCGUAAUGAAUGCAACCAGUGCAAGGCACCAAAGCCAGAUGGGCCUGGAGGACCACACAUGGGAGGUGGAUUUGGUGAAGAACGACGCGGGGGCCGAGGAGGUUUUGACAGAGGUGGCUUCCGGGGAGGCAGGGGCGGAGACCGGGGAGGAUUCAGAGGCGGAAGGGGCGGAGACAGAGGCAGCUUUGGACCAGGAAAAAUGGAUUCGAGAGGGGACCACAGGCAGGACCGGCGCGAGAGACCCUAUUGAGCCUGCAUAGGAUCCCAGACCAUGUGAAUUUAUAAACUUUUUUUAUUUUGUAUGAUGUCCAACUUCGUUGCAAACCUGUGUAUUCCUUGCUGCGUUUGUGUACAAACUUUGUAUUCCCUUCUAUUUUAUGUUGACUGUAUUUGGAAGUAAUCCUAUACAUUUAAAAGCCAAAAUGUUUUAGUCAUGCAUGUAUAACUGCUGGGCGGGGCGGGAUAGGGCACUUGAAUAAUAAAGAUGUUUUCAGUCAUUUCUGAAAAUAACAUUGUUUUAUUUGACUUUGUAAAAGUAACAAUACUGUUUAAAAAGCAUUGUUUGAAAAGCUUUUGUAUUUGUAUAAAUUUUCCAACUUUAACAUAAUUUUGAAAAUGUGAAUUGCUAUAAAACAAAUCUGCACAGUAUCUCAACUGUUGUAGUAUGGGAGGAAGUUUACAUUCAACUGAAAAACUCACUUUUUGACUCUUGCAUUGGUUUUGAUUUAGCAAGCAAUAGCUAAAAGCAUAAUCUGUUUAAUGGUAGGCAUGUGGUGUUUUAACAACUCACUCUUGGAUCAUCUGGUAGUGUUUUUGAAAGGAGGGUUGUCCAUGCUACUUACUACUCAAGAACAGUAAUGUCUGAAUUGAUAAGAGCAUGUGAGUGCUUCAUUUAACGUGAUUUGGUAAAUCUCAAUACAUAAGCCUUUGCUGUUAAGCAUUUUUGCAUACCAAGUCAGUGGCUGGUACAUGGUGGGUGGAAAUGUUUCACUUCCUUUAAGAUACUUCUCAUUUUUAAGAAUGCAGCCAAAAUUUUUCAAUGUGGCAUCCUUAGAGACCUUCCCUUGCCUUUAUGAGGUUCACAUACCUAUGGCUUAAGCCUAAUUUCAUAUGUAAAUAAACACAAAUCUAGCUACACUGUUAA